CUGCUGUCCUUAUAUCAUUUCUUUCAGUUUCGAAGAGUCGUGCAACGAGAGCACUUCUGCCGUAAAGCUAUUCUGCGCUGUCUGAGUCUGGAGUUCUUUUGUGUGUAUAACUAACGUCGGCAGCACCAGUAUAAGUCACACCAUGAAAAAUAAUUUUAACGCACUUUUGCUGGCAUCGUUUGUGACUUGGUCGGGGGUGUUGUGUAGCACUGUAUGGGGCACCACAGAGGUCCAGGAAACACCUCUCGCACUUCCGGUGGCAGACCAAACGCAGCCCACUACAGCCAUACAAGGAGAAGUAUGGGAGGAGGAUGAUCACGAAGUAUUAAUAAGAAACGAACGUGGCACCAAGAGUGACGGUUUGUCGUGCCGCUACGGCAAGAAUCCGUGGACUGAGUGUGAUACAAAAACUAAUACUCGUUCUAGAACCUUGACAUUAAAGAAGGGAGAUCCGGCAUGCGACCAAACGCGAACGAUUCAGAAGAAAUGUAAAAAAGCAUGUCGCUAUGAAAAGGGAUCCUGGUCGGAAUGCGCAACUGGACAAAUGACUAGAGCUGAUAAGUUGAAAGCGAGCAGUGAUCCGUCCUGCGAAGCAACGCGGGUUAUCAAGAAGAACUGCAAGCCCGGAAAGUCCAAGGAUAAGAGUGCCAAGGAGCAGCGUAAGAACAAAGAUAAAGCUGCUCGCAAAGGACGCGUUUAAGUGAUUUCAUACUUCCCCCAUGUUAGUUUGUGUCAAAGCGAUGCAAAUAGUUUAAGUUGAAAUUAUUUUUCAAUAAAUUCUUAACAGAAAACUCGUAACGACAUCAACUGUCUGCUAUGUAUACCCGAAAAGCAUUUUAAUUAAUGCACAUAUUGAUUAAUGUUGUAGUUUGGUUUUCAAGCAAACGAUAAACUUAAUGUAAACGACAGUAUGUUCAACUGUAAAACGUAAUAGCAACUUUGCGAAAUUUAUAAUAUUUAUGCAAUGCAGAAUAACAAUAUAUUCAUACAAUACCAUACAAACAUAAAUACCAAAUUAUUUAGUUAACUUCAAGGUAAAAAGUCAAAUGAACAUUCAAGCCAACACCCAUCAUUCUCUGCAAUGAUUAAAACUGGAGUGACAGUUGCCUCUUAACUUGUGUGACUGUUGAAGACAUGAAAAUUAGCAGAGUUGUUCUUCAAUUGAAUUUAAAUAAUAUUAAAAGUAAAUCUAAAAUGAAAACCAAACAAUUAAUCUGGUUAUUGAUGUACAAUUUUGGCAAAUAUCAGCUGCUGUAUCUCAUCACAAGAAAACAGAACGGUAUUACAAAAUGAGAAAAAUAAACAAUGAAAUCAAAGGAACGAUAAAGUUUCUCAUUCGCAGAUAUUAAAUUAAUGAAACACUUAGUGUAAAUAUUGUAAAAAUAAAAACCUACUAUAGAAAGAAGGAAAACACAAAGACAAACAACAAGACACGACGGUCUAAAUCACAGAUCCGUCGUAGUUACAACGUAGGCAAUUGGCAUUUUAAAGUAGUUUACAGCUCACUUUCAAUGGGUACAAUUAAAAUAUAAAUUUACCAUUCCCAAAAUUAAUAUACAAGUCGAAAUACAGACAAACAUACUUACAUUCAUACAUAUUCCAAUCAAAAAUUGUACCCUUUUGAAGACAUGGUUUAUCUUUUUAAUAAACACAUAUAUAAACGUAGAACGUUAACUACGAAUUAAUGUAUUUUUCUGUAAGCAGUUUUACAACCAUACCCUAACAUUCAUAAAAACAAAGUCAAGAAGGACAGCUCACUCACAGCAUGCAAGUUCAUAAACACAUCAUCUUUAGGGGCAGUAUUAAUCUGAGUCUUUUAAUUCCAUAAGGAAGAGCAUAGAAGCAACUCCCCAAAGUAAAAUGAAAUUUGUUUACGAAAGUAUACAACAUAAGAAAAAGUAACUGAACUUUAAUAAAUACAAAUAUUACGAUAUAAAA